AUAAUGAUUAUAAUAAUUUUAAAGUUACCAUUUUCGGGCCCCCUUUCUGUCCAGGUUGCCCAUGCCCGUGUCCGGCCCUGUAUGAGGUGAUACUUUUUCUGAUUGUUUUUGAGUCUGGGAUCAAGCAGUUUUGGUUGUACAGAGACAGGGUUUCUCUGGCAAACUUUACAAUUGUAGCUUCACAAGGAGGUGCUAGGACCCCUUUAACUUUCCAGUGAUGUGUGUUUGAAACUGCUGAUCUCAGCCAAAACUUAGGUGUGCAUGUAUGUGUGUGUGUACAAGCAUUGUUGUGUAUGAGUGAAUGUGUGUACUUGGUUUUGUGUGUACAUGUGUGAGCAAAUGUGUGAACACGUGUGUGUGAUAUGUGGAUGUUUGUGCAUGUGGAGCAUAGGGUAGAUUGAAAUUUCAGUUACCCAAUGAUCACAAGUUGAUUUACCAGUUGUACCUCACCUGGGGUUCAGUCCCCACAGUGUUGCAUAGGAGUUAUAUGAAUCAUGGCGGCUAGAAUUUUAAUUCAGCUCCCCGAAGGCCUUGAUUUUAGAUUCAUCCAAUCCUCUGCUUACCCCCUAGGGUGAUGGAUCACCCUUUACAAGCUUUGAGCAAGACAGGACCUGCUGGUCCCUCUAGCCACCACCAUUGAGCCAGGCAGGUGGGGUGAGGGGGACAGCCCCCCCAGCGGGACAGGGGAGCCUCCUGAAAAGGCAAUGGAGAAUGAGGCUGAGGGCGUCUGGAGCCCCGACAUUGAGCAGAGCUUCCAGGAAGCACUGGCUGUGUAUCCCCCCUGUGGGCGGCGCAAGAUUAUUCUGUCUGAUGAGGGCAAGAUGUACGGCCGCAAUGAGCUCAUCGCCCGGUACAUCAAGCUGCGGACGGGGAAAACCCGCACCCGGAAGCAGGUGUCCAGCCACAUCCAGGUCCUGGCACGGCGUAAGUCACGGGAGAUUCAGUCCAAGGUCAAGGCAAUGAAUGUGGACCAGGUGUCAAAGGACAAAGCCCUUCAGAGCAUAGCGGCCAUGUCCUCUGCCCAGCUCGUCUCUGCCACUGGCCUCCAAGACAAGUUAGGGGUCCCCAGUUUCACACACCGGUCCUUCCCACCCAGCCCUGGGUCCCCCGAGUUCUUCCAGUUCUGGCCAGGAGAUGCCGACCAGACCAGACCAAACCAGGAUGUUAAGCCAUACCCAGUCCCACCAGCUGCUGCAUCCCUUGCUGUGCCAGCAUGCCCCUUAGGUUUUGAGGUGCCCAUGCCCCCUGUGCCCAGCCCUGCUGUCUGGCCUGGCCACUGCAUUGGGUCCCCACACCUGUGCCUGGUCGAGUUUUCUGUGUUUGUGGAGCUGCCAGCUGAGCCCGAGACUUUCAAGCAGCACCUCUUCGUGCACAUUGGCUCAUCACCCCCACACCCUGCUGAUCCUCCACUGGAGGCUGUGGACGUGCGCCAGAUCUAUGACAAGUUCCCUGAGAAAACAGGGGGCCUGCGGGACCUGUAUGAACAGGGGCCAUCCAAUGCCUUCUUCCUUGUCAAGUUCUGGGCAGACCUGAGUGCCCCACUGCCCACAGAACCAGGUGCCUUCUAUGGAGUGAGCAGCAAGUACGAGGGACCUGAACCGCUGGCCAUCACCUGUGCCCACAAGGUUUGCUCCUUUGGCAAGCAGGUGGUCGAGAGGGUUGAGACAGAGCUGGGGCACCUCGAGGAUGGGCGCUAUGUCUUCCGGCUCCUGCGCUUCCCACUCUGCGAGUACCUGGUCAAUUUUGUGCACAAGCUGCAACAGCUGCCUGAGAAGUACAUGAUGGACAGUGUGCUAGAGAACUUCACUGUGCUGCAGGUGGUGAGAAACCGAGACUCCCAAGAGUUGCUGCUCUGCAUGGCCUUUGUUUUCGAGGUGUCAGCCAACAAGCGAGGGGCCCAGCACCAUGUGUACCGGCUGGUCAAGGACUGACCCCCAGCAGAACCCCACUCCCUUCCCAACUCUUACCAUGCCCCCCCCACCCUCCCCCCAGGCAGACCUGAGCCCCUUCCCUCUCAUCAUUCCCUUCUGCCAUGUCUACCCCAGGCAGACCUGAGUGCAGCACUGCCCACAGAACCAGGCACCUUCUGUGGGGUGAGCAGCAGGUAUGAGGGGCCUGAGCCACUGGUCAUUACCUGUGCCCAUGAGGCCUGCUCCUUUGGCAAGCAGGGGGUAGUCUGUGAGCUUGGGAAGGAUUUGGGGAAUGCGGGGUGGUGAUGCUCCUCAUGCUAAGCCAACGGGGGAGGAUCUUUUCAAGGGGUCAGCCUUGGGGGACACCCUGUCUGGGCCUCAAAUACUGUCCACCUAUUAUCCAUGACACCUGUGGGAGAAGCCUUGCUCACAUUUGGGGGCCUCAACAUGUCAUGGGAUAAAUCUUGGGGGUCAGCCCCUGAGUUGUUCCCCAGUGUGUGACAGGGGGGCAUGGCCCCAUUAACCUCUAGAAAGCAGUGGAAGCUCCUGUGGAGGUCCCAGAGACAGCUGGAGGCUCCUGCUGAGGAGUCUUAGGGGAGGUCACUCAGGGGGAGGGUCUGAGUGACCCCCUCUCUUUUUUUUUUUAAAGACACAGGUAAGAGAUAUUUUUGUACCAUAUAUUUAUACUGCUCCUUUAAGGGCAAAAGUCCCCUUUCCCCCCACAUGCAGGAGUUGGGUUGAUGGAUGAGGCAGCAACAUCUGCCCCCAUCACCCCCUCCCCUGCCAGCUGCCCACUGCAUGGGGGACCCAGCCCCACCCCCCAUGUUUGUGAACAGAGGACAUUUUUUGAUCGUUUAUAAAAUUAUUUUCCCAGA